AUGAUGCCGGAAAAUUGUUCCAGGAAAUCCGUUUCCAAACUGUUCCACUGUCUAUCGAGGGAAAUUGAAAAACAGCAACCAAAAAACGUUAUUCAUUUUAUGGUAGAUUUUUUAUGUAAAAAUUAUGGUUCACAUUUGAGGGGAUUUGCCCAUGUCUGGGAUGUAGAUUUGGAACUGGAGAAGGAAAAAAAACUCGUCAUUGAAUUUUUUAAGAGCCAGAAAUUAACCACAGAAAUUGCCAAGCAUUUCAUCAAUGUCGGAUUUGACAGUAUGGAGUCUCUGCUAUACUUGAAUGCGCACGUUUUGGACGACAUCGAAAAGUUUAACAAUGUCAAUUGGCUGCCGGGGCAUAAAAUAAGAUUGCAGCAAAUGUUUUCAAACAUCCAGGAGAACAUCAAAACGUUCUAUGCGGAGUAUGACAAGGACGACAUAAGACACGGCCUCGACUAUAGCGCAUUGCGACAACAAGCAAGCUACACAGUACUGUCUCCUUUUCAGCAGUUCUAA